UAGUUUAACCAUGGUCAACGGUUGAGUUUGCGCUUCUUACAUGGUCUUCGCAAGGCACUGCAGACUUUGCAGACUUCACGUCUGCAGAGCAGGGAGGAGAAGCCCAAACAUUUCCCUUAAACUGGAAAUUCAUGCAAACUGAACAUACAUUUAUUUCUUCAUUGAUGUGCUACAACAAUAAGAAGAUUUUCAGGCUGCAAAAUUCACCUGCAAUAUCUCAUUUCACUGUGAAGAAUUCAAUUUCCAGCAGCUAAUUUAAUUUUUACAGGCUAUGGCUUCUCUCUUCAUGCGACGCUGCGGAAGCUCUGCCUUUUAAAAAAUAUCUAUAUAGAAAUAAAACAAAAAAUGAUCAGGUAAAUUGGCCGCACCCUGGCUUGAAAUCGAGGCAUCGGUGUGUUAACAUUAUUCUCGGCAGGUUGCUGAGGUCGUGCGGACCUAGCGAGUCUUUGUUUCCAUGGCCGAGAAAGCGUUUGUAAAGGAUCUCGCCCCCGCUGCCAUUUGGUACAUGGCAGGGAGGACAUUGUUAGGGUUUUUGUUUAUAUUGUGACACGGGGAAUGGAAGAGCCGGAUGAGCCCUUGGAUUCGAUCCUCAGACCUGUUAAACCCUGCUGGAGGCAGUUCAAAAUCGUGCCUGGUCAAUUUUCUUCUUCAAUGGGGGGAAGGCGGCCUGGCGUAGUGCCUCCGAGCCCGGGGUCGUUGAGAAUUAUCGUCCAUAAGCCCCUGGUGGUGAGACUGACAAAGGAUAUAAUAAAGACAUACCAUGUUUGUAAUCCCACAUUCACAUACUCUGAAAAUUUCAACCCAAAGCGCUACCUUACAAAACCUUCCAUGGGAGUGCUGAAUGGUGGUCUGGAUAACGUAAAUUCAGACUAUAUUUUAACAGUAAAUGCUGUGCUGGUGAACUCAGAUAGAAAUUGCAGGUACAUUGUCAAAGAUCUGCUUGGCCAAGGGACAUUUGGUCAAGUUGUCAAAUGUUGGUCCAGUGAAACAAAUGGCCUUGUUGCGGUGAAAGUAAUAAAAAAUCAGCCUGCUUACUACCAUCAGGCAGUGGUUGAGGUCUCCAUUUUGAAUACGUUGAAUAAGAAGUUUGAUCCAGAAAAUAAACAUCACAUUGUUCGUAUGCGUGAUCAUUUUGUAUUUCAUGGGCACUUGUGCAUAGUGUUCGAAAUGCUUGGAGCAAAUUUGUACGAAUUGAUUAAAACGAAUCAAUUCAGGGGAAUAUCAUUGACUUUGUUGAAGAUCUUUGCAAAACAGAUAUUAGAUUCUUUACUUGUCUUGCGAGAUGCAAGUGUGAUACAUUGUGAUUUGAAGCCAGAAAAUAUUCUUUUGACAACAAGUAUACAUUCAACAGAAAUCAAGCUCAUUGAUUUUGGUUCUGCAUGCAUGGAGAACCAAACAGUUUAUUCUUACAUUCAGAGCCGCUUCUACAGAUCUCCCGAAGUUGUUCUUGGGCAUCCAUACACAACAUCAAUUGAUAUGUGGUCUUUUGGGUGUAUUGCUGCUGAGCUUUUCCUAGGUUUACCUCUCUUCCCAGGGGUUUCAGAGUACGACCUUAUGAAGCGAAUGAUAGAGAGACUUGGGUGUCAGCCCCCAGAUCAGAUCUUGAGGACUGCAAGGAAUUCAAGUAAAUAUUUUAAGCAUGCUGGAAACAGCUGGGUUGAUGAAAGCCAAGCAGGGAAGGGAGUACAAAGUGCAUACCAGUUUCUGUCUGAAUCAGAAUAUGAAGCAAGAGAAAAAAAGAAGCCGGUAUCAGGGAAACGUUACUUCAAUCAUGUAAGACUAGAGGACGUUAUAUUCAACUAUCCUUAUAAGAAGAAGAUGUCAAAGGAAGAGCUUGUGAAAGAGAAUCAAACACGCUUAUCAUUUAUAGACUUUUUGAGAGGCCUUGUGCACUUUGACCCAGUAAAGAGAUGGACACCUAGGCAGGCUGCCCAACAUCCUUUUGUGACAGAAGAGCCAUUCACUGGCCCUUACAGGCCUUUUCCAGAAGCACCCCACAUGAUUGUUUUCCGUGAAAUUAUGGUGGAUGAUAAUAUUGAACCAAGUCAUUGCUUUGGUAACAGCACUUUUCCUCGGGUUGUAAACAUGAAGGCAGGUAUUCAUUACAGCAGUCCACAGUAUCAUUCUACUAAGUUUGAUCAUGCAAAUAGCUGUGGUAGUUUAGGAGGCUAUGGCAUCCUUGGAGAGGAUUUCAGCUUUGCUAAUAAUUGUGGGUGCCAAGGCUACGCUCAUAUUCCAGUGAGUUAUUGCCCUCUUGAUGCUUCUGCACUCAAGUCCCAGGAAGAUGGUGUUAGUGGAGAUAGUAGUUUUGGGAAAAGUCCUAAAACUUAUCAGAAAACAACGCUAGUCCCUCAUGGGCAUGCACUUGGUGUAAGCCCCUUGAAUGGUAUUUUCAAGCCUCUGUCUAUUGGGGUCAGCCCUUCAAAGUUACCUUUGAGCUCUCAAGUACAUUUUUCUCCUGCAUCUCCUGGCAAGCAUUUUCUGACUUCACCUGCAAGUGGUGGCAUUCACAGCAUUGCCCUUGGAAGGGCAGCUGCUGUUGGUCCGAAUCACAGAAGAAAUGGUUUGGGAAUACUUGAAAGCUCUCAUCUUUCAUCUGAGGAUGACAUCCGUCUACAGCAGAAGGCUAAUCAUAAAAAAUAUGGCAGUGCGAAUGUAGAUAUCAAUAUGCGCUCUUUCAGUUCUUCAGACUGUAAUUCUCAAGCUGGGUACCUUGGUACUCCUUGUGGUGGUCAUGAAUCUUCUCCUCUUCAUCCUGGGAGUCAAAGGUUUGGGAUGAGCAGCCAUACAAGAUUGUCUACAACUUAUGAUAAUGAAACUCGGGCUUCUUCCUUUCCAAGGAGGGAUUUUGUGACCACACAAGGGGGGUUCUCUGGUGGAGGGGAAAAGAUUUUGCCAGUUCCUGGUCCAGGAGUUUGGUAUCCAAAUUACAACAAUGAUUUAUUUUUUCAAACGGAUGGUUCGGAUCUUGUACCAAUUUCUACAUUAGGGGAAAACAUUCAAUCGGGACAAGCUACAUGUCGUGCCACUUUAAAAGCAGGUGGAGCGUGCAAAUCCGCCCAAAGUUAUAUUGCGCUGCAAGAAAGUCCACUGCAAACUUCAUAUGCUUUUAGACGAAAUGGAUUAAUCAAAGGACAGAGUAACACAGAAGGCAGGCCAACAUUGGUGCAUGAAUCACAGCUAGGCUAUAUGCAUUCAAUGGCAAAGAAUUCACGUCUUGAGUAUGAUCAACCUCAACAAAAUUCUCCAAGUCAGAUGGCAUUGCAGUCAUCUCUAUUUUUUGAGCAACAACUUCAGCAUCCGUAUCAAUCACAGAACAAUCCUGGUCAGCAUUUGCCAUCUAAUAUAACAGGGAAGCACCAAACAUCUUAUUCUUCUGAUCUGUUUUCACAGUCGACCUUUCUUUCUUAUUCUCAUUUUCCUGUUUUGAGUAAUCAUGGGUGUUCACUACCUUCUCAAAAAGAUUACCCAGCUUUCUAUAGUCAGGGCCAGGAUUUCAUUAGUGCAAGCAGUGGGAUUCACACUAGUUUUGCUCAUCUGGGGACAAUGGCACCUCAUUCGCUGCAUUUAGGGAAAGGGAAUCCACUUGGUACUAUUCCAACCAAAGUUCAAGGCACACAUGAUCAGUAAAGUACUGGUUGAACUGUUCUUGUUGCUUCUGUUUCCUGGUUGAGAACAAUGGUAGGAUUCAUACAUUAUGAAGAUUAAUAAGCCUUGUCUGUGUUAUGCAAGAUGUAGCUAUAGUGAUAUUAAUUUCAACAAGCAACGAUGUUUUGAAACAUAUUUUCUUGAUCAAAACAUAAACAUUGUCAUUAGUUAAACAUUUCGACUUGGUAGAAUAGUUCAAAUUGAUUCUCACAUUAGGAAGGUGCUUUAGAUGAAUGAUGAUUAAAUUUGCCAUGACUGAAACUUUCGUAUAUUAAAAUGUUUUAUUUUGUCUUUA